UGUGUAUCUCUUGUGAGUUUACGUGUACUGCAGUCUUUAACCCGGUAGCGAAAGAUAAGUAAUUUAUUAUGGCAGAAAAGGUUUCUUCAGAGGAAACUGUGGAAUGCAGAAUCCAGAAGGCACUGGCAUUCAAGGCUGAAGGAAAUCGGUGCUACAAGGAUAAAUGCUUUCGAGAAGCUAUUGGAAAGUAUCAUCGUGCUUUGCUUCAGGUGAAGGACCUAGAUGCAGAUGCUCUUGCCCUUGUACAGCCAUAUGGUGGCAAAAUGUUCAAGCUGAGUCAAGAACAGACAGAUCUGGUGCACAGCAUACAGACUGACUGCUACAAUAACCUCUCAGGUGACCUGGAAGGUUGGUCUUUGUCUCCUUCACAACUUGAUGAAAGUGUCUCUCCAGAUUCUGAUGAUGAUGGUUCCAGUUCAUCGCAUUUAUAUUACGUGAUCCAACAGUGGAAUGUUCGAACACGUAAUAAUCGACCCCAAAAUAUCGAAACACCGUAA